AUGACGUUCUUUGAUCUCUCUCUCGUAAGGCCGGCACGUGUACCUUCGACUUCAAGAUUUCUGAAUCCAUAUGUAGUAUGUUUCAUUGUCGUCGCAGCGGUAGUGAUCCUGGCAGUCAUCAUAGCUCUACUUGUUUACUUUUUAGCUUUUGAUCAAAAAUCUUACUUUUAUAGGAGCAGUUUUCAACUCCUAAAUGUUGAAUAUAAUAAUCAGUUAAAUUCACCAGCUACACAGGAAUACAGGACUUUGAGUGGAAGAAUUGAAUCUCUGAUUACUAAAACAUUCAAAGAAUCAAAUUUAAGAAAUCAGUUCAUCAGAGCUCAUGUUGUCAAACUGAGGCAAGAUGGUAGUGGUGUGAGAGCAGAUGUUGUCAUGAAAUUUCGAUUCACUAGAAAUAACAACGGGGCAUCCAUGAAAAGCAGAAUCGAGUCUGUUUUACGGCAAAUGCUGAAUAACUCUGGAAACCUGGAAAUAAACCCUUCAACUGAGAUAACAUCAAUUACUGACCAGGCUGCAGCAAAUUGGCUUAUUAAUGAAUGUGGGGCCGGUCCAGACCUAAUAACACUGUCUGAGCAGAGAAUCAUUGGAGGCACUGAGGCUGAGGAGGGAAGCUGGCCAUGGCAAGUCAGUCUACGGCUCAACAAUGCCCACCACUGUGGAGGCAGCCUGAUCAGUAACAUGUGGAUCAUAACAGCAGCUCACUGCUUCAGAAGCAACUCUAAUCCUCGUGAAUGGAUUGCCACAUUUGGUAUUUCCACAACACUUCCUAAACUAAGAAUGAGAGUAAGAAGUAUUUUAAUUCAUAACAAUUAUAAAUCUGCAACUCAUGAAAAUGACAUUGCGCUUGUGAGACUUGAGAACAGUGUCAUCUUUACCAAAGAUAUCCAUAGUGUGUGUCUCCCAGCUGCCACCCAGAAUAUUCCACCUGGCUCUACUGCUUAUGUAACAGGAUGGGGCGCUCAAGAAUAUGCUGGCCACACAGUUCCAGAGCUAAGGCAAGGACAGGUCAGAAUAAUAAGUAAUGAUGUAUGUAAUGCACCAUAUAGUUACAAUGGAGCCAUCUUGUCUGGAAUGCUGUGUGCUGGAGUACCUCAAGGUGGAGUGGAUGCAUGUCAGGGUGACUCUGGCGGCCCGCUAGUGCAAGAAGACUCACGGCGGCUUUGGUUUCUUGUGGGGAUAGUAAGCUGGGGAGAUCAGUGUGGCCUGCCAGAUAAGCCAGGAGUGUAUACUCGAGUGACAGCCUACCUUGACUGGAUUAGGCAACAAACUGAGAUCUAGUGCAACAAGUGCAUCCCUGUUGCAAAGUCGGUAUGCAGGUGUGCCUGUCUUAAAUUCCAAAGCUUUACAGUUCAACUGAAAAAGAAACUAGAAAUGUCCUAAUUUAACAUCUUGUUACAUAAAUAUGGUUUAACAAACACUGUUUAAUCUUUCUUUAUUAUUAAAAGUUUUCUCUUUUCUCCAGAGAACUAUAUGAAUGUUGCAUAGUACUGUGGCUGUGUAACAGAAGAAACACACUAAACUAAUUUCAAAGUUAACAAUUUCAUUACAGUUGUGCUAAAUGCCCGUAGUGAGAAAAACAGGAACCUUGAGCAUGUAUAGUAGAGGAACCUGCACAGGUCUAAUGGGUCAGAGGUGUCUUCUCUGGGUUUCACUGAGGAUAAGAAGUAAGCAAAGUGUGGAAACAUGCAAAGGAAAAAGUGAUGGAAUAAUAUUUAAGACAAAAAGAACAGUAUGAGGCAAGAGAAAUAAUAUGUAUUUAAAAUUUUGGGUUACUCAAUAUCUUAUAGUUAGUAUGAGUCCUAAAAUUAAAAAUGUGAAACUGUUGUACUAUAUGUAUAACCUAACCUUAAUUAUUCUGUAAGAACAUGCUCCCGUAGGAAAUAGUGGAUAAUUUUCAGCUACUUAAGGCAAAAGCUAAAAUAGUUCACUCCUCAACUGAGACCCAAAGAAUUACAAAUAUUUUUCAUGAUGACCCAUGAAAAAUAUCCUUCAUCUACAUAAAGGAGAGACUAUAUCUAUUUUAUAGAGAAGCUAAGAAAUGUACCUAUACAAACUUCAGAAACUUCUCAGGUGCUUUACAACUACGUAGUACUUUUUAACAACAAAAUAAUAAUAAUUUUAAGAAUGAAAAAUUUAAUCAUCGGGAAGAAUGUCCCACUACAGACUUCCUAUCACUGGCAGUUAUAUUUUUGAGCGUAAAAGGGUCUUCAAACGCUAAAUCUAAGUAAUGAAUUGAAAGUUUAAAGAGGGGGAAGAGUUGGUUUGCAAAGGAAAAGUUUAAAUAGCUUAAUAUCAAUAGAAUGAUCUUGAAGACAGAAAAAACUUUGUCACUCUUCCUCUCUCAUUUUCUCUUUCUCUCUCUCUCCCCUUCUCAGACUCAUGCUUCCCCCACCAAAGAAUAUAAUGUAAAUUAAAUCCACUAAAAUGUAAUGGCACAAAAAUCUAUGUAGUGUGAAUCACUAAUAUUCCUGAGUUUUUAUGAGCUCCUAGUAUAGCUAAAGUUCGCCUAUGCAUGAUCUUCUAUGCGUCAGAGCUUCCUCCUUCUACAAGCUAACUCCCUACAUCUGGGCAUCAGGACUGCUCCAUACAUUUGCUGAAAACUUCUUGUAUUUCCUGAUGUAAAAUUGUGAAAAUAGCUACAUUAAAGCCAUCUACUUUUAGGGAAAGGGAGUUGAAAAUGCAACCAACUCUUGGUGAAUUGUACAAACAAAUCUUUGCUAUACUUUAUUUCAAAUAAACUCUUUUUAAAAUAAUUUCCCUGCCUAAUUAUUUAUGGAAGUUAUGGCUUUUGAAGGACAAUUCAAAACCAUUUAUUUAAUUGGUUCUGCAAUGAAAGAACCGCCACCUAUAGUCUAGUAAAGGCUUGGCACUUUCUGCUGCCUUUUCAUCAAGCGCUAUAAUUGAGGCAAGCGUCCAGCUUGACACUCCUCAGUUGCACCCUGUGACGACAACAUUGAACUGGUAAUUUAGAGUAAGCCUCAAGGGGAGGGAGACUUUGUGCUUGAGUAUGUUCGUGUGUUUGUGUGUGCAGCUGCCCUCAUAUAAUAGCAGAGAUAUUUGUGUUUAUUCUUAUGUAUUGAAAGCUAUAUAAAAGAAGAUAAUUAUUUAGCAGAAAAUAGAGCAAAUUCAAUUAUUUAUUGAAAACAAAAAAUUAUUUAGCAAAAUAUGCAUAUUUUGUGAAAAGAUAUUAGAAAACUAGGGGAGCAUUUAUUUUAAGAGCUUCUUUUUUUAUGUACUGAUAAAUUCACUUUUCCUGACACCUAUGUAUGGCUUCAUGAAAGUAAUUUUGAGUAGUUAUGGAGGAGUGGCAAUUUAUAAAUGCUUUCAGUCCUUAAAAAAUCAUUCUGGGAGCUCUGGAAGAAACUUUCUAGCACCCUAAUUCAGUUGUAGAAAGAGUUAUUGAAGAAGGAGAAUCCUGUUCAGCAUACAUACUAUCAAUUUUCAAAAGCACACAUACUAAUCAAUUAAAAAUGUGUCAAACGAAGUGAACAUUUGGCACUAAAACUGAAUCCUCCUGAGUUUAAAAUAGUGAACAGAACUAAUGAAAAGAGAAUUAUCCAAGAAAGUUUAGAGCAAACAGUUUACUACUUAUUGCACUAAUUUGAAGUCUUAAUUACAGAGUGUAAACUGCUCCUUUAAUAAAUGUAUUGAGUCCUAUUGUGUUUGAGGUUCUCUGCUAACCAAUGAAACGAAGAUAAAUAAGACAUAAUACUUGCCCUUAAGACACACAGAGAAUAGUGAUGUUGACAAACACAUUAUGCAAUAUAACAUAAAGGAUGAAAUGAUAGAGUACAACAUUUCUGACAAGAUAACAAAAGAAUGGGAAGGUCACAGAAGACUAAUAAAAAUAUAUUUAAUUUAUAAUAAAAUCAAAACUGAGUCUUUCAGAGCAGCAAUUUGCCAUGAACCACGAUAAUUUCCCUGUGGUUAGGGAAAAGGAAACUGAGAACUUCUCAGAUUAUGAAUCUAAAUCCUUCACAGGCUCUAGUUUACACAACUCACUUCCUUUUCUUUCCAACUUGCUAAAUAUGAAAUGGUUCAAUGAGACCCAAAAUAGAUUUUUCUCUUUAUAUUUAUUGCAUGUCUACCUAAUCCAGAUAUCAACCCUAGUCCUUUUCAUUUCAAAACAGUCAGUUUGAUUAAUCUUCUGUAGGGGAAACAGGUUAUUUCCUUCUCUAUUUCUGGUGUUUCAUUGCAUUUCUUUUUUUUUUUUAAAUUUAGACACAGGAUCUCACUAUGUUACCCAGGCUGGAGUACAGUGGCUAUUCACAGGUGCAAUUAUAGCACACUACAGCCUCAAAUUCUUGGGCUCAGGUGAUC